UCGAGACCGGCCUGAGUCCUGGUCCCGGUCCCGCUGCUGGUCCCGGCCUGUGUCCUGGUUCCGGUGCUGAGUCCGGCUCCCGCGGUAGACUUCACCUGAACCGACACACGUCUGAUGGAGGAUGCUCCGCCGGUUCGGUUCGUUUGUUGUGUGGAAAUAACCGGAGCUGCUGAGGAUUAACGGGACCGAGGGACAGACACAGAGACAGACCGGAGACCGGAGACCGGAGACCGGGGAGAGUGUGUCUCUGUGUCCGAGACAUGAAGACACGCAAAGGACGUCUAAGGGGGGGCACCCCCGCCAUCUUACUUCCUGUUGGAGCCUCAUGCUGCAGUGACAACUUCCUGUGAUGUCACUCCAGCACCUGCACAUCCCCUGAUUGGAGGCUUCGCCUGUGAGACAUAGCCGACGCCGUCCAUGAGCUGCUGACAUCAUACCCCCCGCCCCCCCCCCCCCAACCUCUGAUAAAAUGUCCCCAUUUGACUGGUCAUCACCAUGGCGACCACUGCCCCUGAUGCCGCUGCUCAUCCUCACUUCCUGUUUCCUGUCCGAGGCAGCUUCGUCUACGAACUUCCCCAAAGACCUGGAGCCGAUUAACGUGGUGGUCUCGGAUCAGUCACAUCAUUAUCCCAGUUUUCAGGGUUUACUUCAGGACAACGAGACGCUGCGUCUGGGCCUCGACUUUCAGAGGAUGUUACGCCUCAACCACAUGUUGUACAUCGCUGCCAGGGAUCACGUGUUUGCGGUGAAUCUGACGAUGGCAGCGGACCAGUUGAUUCCUCAGCUGAAGCUGACUUGGAAAUCUAAAGACGUGAGCAAGUGUACGGUGCGAGGGAAGAACAGCGACGAAUGUUACAACUACGUUAAAGUUCUGGUGCCAAGAAACGAUGAAACACUUUUCACCUGCGGGACCAACGCUUUCCUCCCCACCUGUCGAAACUACAAGAUGACGUCGUUGGACCAGGUGGGGGAGGAUGUGCUGGGACAGGCCCGCUGUCCCUUCGAGUCUCAUCAGUCCAACGUGGGACUGUUCGCAGGGGGCGACUUCUACUCGGCCACCAUGACGGACUUCCUGGCGAGCGAUGCCGUCAUCUACAGGAGCCUGGGGGACGACCGAGCCGUCCUCAGGACCGUCAAGUACGACUCCAAGUGGCUCCGAGAGCCUCACUUCCUGCACGCCAUUGACUAUGGAAACUAUGUCUACUUCUUCCUGAGUGAGAUGGCGGUGGAGAACACGGCUCUGGGAAAGGUGGUGUUUUCUCGUGUUGCUCGUGUUUGUAAGAACGAUAACGGAGGAUCGCCCCGAGUUCUGGAGCGAUACUGGACGUCCUUCCUCAAGGCUCGUCUGAACUGUUCGGUUCCUGGAGAUUCGUUCUUCUACUUCGACGUUCUUCAGUCUCUCACCAACGUUCUGCAGAUCAACCAGAGACCUGUUGUGGUUGGAGUCUUCACCACUCAAGCCAACAGUAUCCCUGGAUCUGCAGUUUGUGCGUUUUACAUGGACGAUAUCGAGAAAGUCUUCAAUGGAAAAUUCAAGGAGCAGAAGACCAGCGACUCGUCCUGGACACCGGUUCCUGAUGAGCAGGUUCCCAGACCGAGACCUGGUGUGUGUGCAGGCGAUGGUUCGGCUGCAGAAUACAAGUCGUCUGUUCAGUUUCCCGAUGAGACGCUAACUUUCAUCAAGUCGUAUCCUCUGAUGGACGAGGCGGUUCCCUCACUCAACGACCGGCCUUGCUUCACCCGCACGUCCAGCAGGUCCAAGUUGACUCAGAUCGUUGUCGAUGUUUUGGCCGGUCCCUUCAAAGACCGCACUGUCAUGUUCCUCGGCUCAGACGACGGACGAGUCCUCAAGGUUCUGGCGAGCCUUCAUCCCAACGACAGCUUCGGCUCCAAGCUGCUGGAAGACAUCGACGUUUACAACCCGUCCAAGUGUAACGUUCAGGGUCAGGAGGACAGGAGGGUUCUGGGACUGGAGCUGGAUAAAGAGCAUCAUGCUUUGUUCGUCGCCUUCAGCAGCUGUGUGAUCCGAACGCCGCUGAGUCGCUGUCCUCAACACGGGUCGUGUAAAAAAGCCUGUCUGGCCUCUCGUGACCCAUACUGCAUCUGGCUGCGGACCGGGAGCUGUGCCAACAUGGCGCUGGGUUUCAAGUCGGGGUUUGAGCAGGACGUCGAGGGCGACCACGCGCUCCUCGGUGACGGCUGCCAUGGUGACAUUUUCGUUAUGACACGAAACCAAGAGUCCGGAGUUGACUCCGCCUUCGGUGUUCAUCGUCUUCCAGAUAUGGAUCAACGCGCCGCAGCUCACGUCCACUAUACGCUCCUGAUCGCUUGCGUGUUGGUGGCUUUCUUCUUGGGGGCCAUCUUGUCAGGCUUUAUGAUGUCAUGCUACUGCGGACGCAGUGCUGCUCACCGGGCGCGGCGUCUGGGAAAAGACUCUGAGAUGUCACUGCCUCACGCUCUGUCGCUGCGAUCUCUCGCCAAGCUCAACGGUCUGCUGGAGCGAGCGCCGAAGGAAGACAAACUGGAUGUGUCAACUCCAAAGAUGGACAGCUGCUUUAUCCCGACCGGACACCGAGGCCUGUCGCUGGGAGACCCUGAGCUCAACGUGUCGCAGGUAACAACUUCUCUUCAGUCUUUGUCGGAGACGGAGGGUGAGCUGUCCGGUCUGCCCACCCCAGGCUCCUCCCCCCAGCUGCCCAUCAAGAGCAUGAAGGCUCUGCAGCAGCAUCAGCACGAGAAGAACCAAUACCUCAACAACACAAUGGCCAAAAACCUGCAGACCGGAUCCAGUCCGGGUUUCAUGGCCGUCGUCGGAAACUCGUUCGCACCCUACUCACAUCACCAUGGCAACAGUCUGAGCAAUGGAGCAGCCCACGGAACUUCAUCGACUUCACUGCACCUCCCUGAGGAGAGAGAGAUCUUGAAUGAGGGGCGAGUUGUGACAGCAAGAGGUGGAGGUGGGGGAGGAGAGGGAAGAUCUGGAGGCGGAGUCUACCAUCAUCACCAUUCGCAGCUGUCUCUUGCGCAGGCGGCGGCGAACGUGUCGGCGCUCGACGAGCUGCUCAAACACAUCCACGAGGUCAGUGCGUCGGGCACCGGGGGCAUCAAGGUCCUCACCUCCAUCUCCUCGUCCUCGCUGCUUCCGGGGCCGUCGGCCUCGGGGGGGCAACAUCAUCCCGUUGAGCAGGGUCACCUGACCCACCACAGCCAUCACCAUAGCAACCACCACAGCAUCAACAGCAGCCGUGGAGGUUGUCGUCACCACCAGCAGAAGAUCCCAGAGCCUGAAUGCGCCGGGUACAGCAGCACCACCACGCUGCCGAGGGACGCCCUUCCCAAACGUUUGGACGCACCCUCCCAAAAUUCUGCCUCCUCCUCUUCUUUCUCCUCUUCAUCCUCUAACAAUCCUCCUUCCUCCAAAUCCAUUCCUUCGGCCUCCUCCUUCGCCACCUCCUCUUCUUCCUCCUCCACACCGCUCCAGCCAAAGGGGAUCCCAGAGAGACUUGGAGUAAGCAGUGUCUCUGUGGCACGCCACCACUCCCAACGCCACUCGCUAAUCAAAAUGGGCAGUGGGGGAGUUGCUGUUCCCCGUCACCACAGCUUCAACCAGCGGGGGGUGCAGCAUGCUCACUUUCUAGCCAGGAUGAACACCAACAGCAGCAGCAAUGGCCCCCCGGCCAGAAUCCACUGCGAGAGCCAGCGGCCGUUGGUCGCCAGCAGCUGCCUGACGCGGCAGCACAGUUACACCGACGGGCCACACGUGCAGCGGGCGGCGAUCGUCCGGAGAACGGCUUCGCUCAAACCUCAAGUCCCGCCUAAACCCUCGUUCCUGCCAAACACAGCGGCCUCAGCAACAGAGGAGGGAAAAUACAACUACUGAAACUGUGAGAGGAGGUGGUGCCAUGAUGGUUGCUGCCGUCCUCUCUGAGUGAAACACCCGGCACGCUGCUGCCACAUGACAGAACAAGAGCUACGAUGGGACGAAGGACACAGACGACUCAUCAGUUUCCUGUGGUCCCUGAUUGCUCCAAUGAGACAAGGGGGCCAGCGCCGCCACCGCCUCACUGCUUCAUAACCACUGGAUCCUAACAGCUGGGCUCACAGAGUCAUGAGCAGAACGGCGCUGAGCAUCGAUGAACAUCGACAGGAGACAUUCCAGCAGUGAAGGACAUCGAUGAUUCAGCCCUGAUGUGACAAAGAGCUGAUCUACCGUCUCCGCUCGCCGAGUCAGACGAGAGUCACAAAGAGUCGGACUGCGGCGGCCGGACGUGACACGAAUCACGACCGCAAGAACGUUUCUCAGAACAUCGAUCAAACAAUUUGGAUUCAAAGAGAGAAAAAAACACUGAAAACGUGAAAAUGAAAGAAAAACUGAGCGACAUCAUCGCUUGUGAAGUUUGAAAAAGUUUAAUGAAUCAACACGUCAACGAGGGAAGGAGACGUGAGAUCAAACGUGAUUCAUUCAGUUCAUUUUGUUGAAUUAGUUUAAUUGAUCCUUAAAAUCAAUUAAAAUGACUAAUUUACCUUUCAGUUGUCUCUUUAACCUCAAAGCAGAUUUUUUCAUAAAUCAGCUUCGACCAAAUUAAUUGAGAAAAUAAACUUUUGUAAACUUUGAUCUUUUCUUCAAAGUCGGUUAAUAAAGUUCUGCUGAAUGUUUUUUGUCAUGUUUAAAAUAAGAAACAGGGUUACAAUAAACAUAGUUUUAGGCAGUCAACACAACUGUAGUUCAACGUGUUUCAUCUGAAAUCAGUGAUGUUCUCAUUCAUAGACAGAAGAUGCUGACGGUCUCAUGGGUUCUGGUCCUUAGCCCAGGGGCUGGGAGGGUUAGGGUGAAAGUCCUGGAUUCUCUGAUAAAGUCUGUUUUACAUUUCAUAUCCUUUCUAUCCAGCUGAUUGGCCAAUGCGGAGUGGACGGGCUGGGCUGUAAGGUCUGACCAUGUCCUGGAUGUGGGAGUCACUGGUAACCACUGAAGGGAGUGUGUUUACAGCAGCAUCAGGUUGUCGGGUCCGACUCGUUCAAACAGGAACAUCCAGAUAAGGGGCGGAGCCUGUAGAGCAGCAGGGGCGGAGCCUGUAGAGCAGCAGGGACGGAGUCUGUAGAGCAGCAGGGGCGGAGUGUAUCCAAGUGGACGUCUUCGUCUUCUACGUGUCCGGCUCCUCUUCUUCAUCCUGAGAUGUUUGUGUUCUUCAGUUUCACGUCAGGUGUUAGAAACCUCAUCAACACGUCCACUCGCUCACUGGGAAGCUUCCACACAUUGUCCUGCUGGUUCCUCACAUGGACUCUGGCAUGUUACACACAUUCUACUGAGAACAUCCAAACGUGUAAGAAACAUGUCAGGACUUCGAAUCAGGACUGAAAACAGGUUCAGUCUCUGGUGUGUCCAUGAGUUCUUGAAGAGUUUUUAAUGUCUGAAUAAAUUUCAAGUGAGCAGCAGAAACUGACGGAGGCCCAAAUGUCCUCGGGACUUUUCCGUCUCACCCUUUACAAACAUUUAGUUUCCUGGCGGUCUUGGAGGUGAAUUGAUCAGACACCUUUUCAGGAUGUGAUGCAUGAGAUUUGAGUUUUCAGAUUCAGUGUAAUCAACGUUAGAAAUCUUCAGUAGAAAUUGUCUCAGUGUAAAUAAACGUUCAUGUGACAGGAAAUGUCUCGUCAUGGAGUGAACUAUUUUAAAUUAACUUUUUUGUACAGCACCUUUUAUACAAGAAAAGCAGCUCGAAGUGCUUUAAAUAUAUAGAUGAUAAAUGUAAAACCUUGUAACUCGAAAUGAGUUGUAAGAUCUUGUUAAAGUCUGAAGUAAAAGAGAAAUAUCUUAGGUUUUCUUUCAAAGACGUUUACUGAACAAACUUCUCAGAUAUCGAGUCUGUUCCACAACUUUAAAAGGUGCUUCAGAGAUUUUAUCUGGGAACAUCUGCUGGACCUGCUGCAGAUGUUCUCAGUGCUCUAGAGGGAACAGUUCACUUGAGGCAGCUGUGGUUCUGUUAAAGUUAAAAAUCAUAAAUGUGACUCAGAGAAAAUAAAAUCAUUAUUGAU